AUGUCCGCUCCAGUAGCUCACGAUGUCGUCUCUUUCAAGGAUAGAGCAACGGCCGACCAGGUCAAACCUCACAACGAUAUCCUUGUCAUCAAACUGACCAUCCAUGACAUCGACGUAGCAAGAGUGUUGGUCGACACCGGAUGCUCGGCCAACAUUAUCUAUAAAUGCACCCUCGAGAGAAUAGAAAUCGACCUGUGCACCGUCACGGAAGGUCCCAGUCCAAUUUUCGGACUCUCAGGAGACGCUACUAUGACCCGCGGCUCAAUUAACCUCUUGGUUAAAGCUGAGAGCGUCGUAAAAAUCACGGAAUUCUUGGUCGUCGAUCGCCCAACAUCGUACAAUGUAAUCAUUGGAACUCCAUGGUUGAAAUUCAUGAGAGCGAUCCCAUCGACAUUCCACCUAUGCCUUAAAUUUCCGACCCCUCAUGGAGUCGAAACAAUUCAAGGAGACCACAGGAUGUCACAAGUAUGUUUCGCCGCUGAGUUAAAAAGAAACAACUUUGCGAUCGAAGCUUUCCACAAGAAGAAAAGAAAGCUGACUCUCGACGAGGGCUCCCCAGAGCAAAACUCGGAAGUCUUUCGGCAGUCACAGAGGGUCGAAGCUCUAGAAGGGAAGCGCAAACCAACUUGCGAACCGGUAAUCUCGGUCUGUCUCGACGAAUCCCGCCUAGAACGAUGUGUCGAGAUCGGAGCCAACCUCUGCGAACCAACCUCUGCGAACCAUUGA